AUGAAAGCUCGACCAUGUCGCAACUCAUCCGCAACCAUCGUUGAUGUUUACACCCGCUUGUCCACACUCUCCCUCCGGUCUGAGCGAUCAUUGCACACCUCCCCGAUAUGCCGCGCACCCACGGCAUUGAAAGAAAAGACCGAUAAAAAGGCAAAAUUGGCUGCGCCAACAUCGACGCUUGAAGCACUGACGCCGGAGCAACGAUUACAACUAGCAAAAGAUCGAGCAGCCCAAAAGCGAGCACAAGAGAAGAUCGAUCAGGAGCGGAAUUUCAGAUAUGGAGCGCUGGCUCCUACAAGUUUGUUCGGUCGGGAUCUGGUCGACAACGACAAGACCGCGGUGGAGGACAAUCCUUUUGAAGACCGCAAUCCCGAAAACAUGGCCAUAGCCCUCAAUCCCCGUCCUACUGCACGCUCACGGUGGCAACGACGGAUGGUCAUACGCGACGUUAGACGGCGGGGCCGGCCCAACAAAGAGAUGAGAAUUGCACGGUCGGAACGAAGCCAUCUAUCUCGCUCAUAUUUCUUCAAAACUUCAAUGAAGAAGCUGGCUCCCCUCGCUCGACAGAUUGCGGGUAAACCUAUCGCCGAGGCAAUCCUCCAAAUGAGAUUCUCAAAGAAAAAGGUGGCCAAGGAAGUCCACGAACAUUUACUCCAGGCCCGCAACGAGGCCAUCGUAAUGAAGGGGAUGGGACUGGGAGCCGUCAGUGCUAGCGAGGAUGCAGUUGUCGGUCAAGACCCGAGCCAAACUCGAGCCCUCCCCACCCAAAGGCCAUCGAAGGCUCUCAAGAAGGGCGUGAACCCCAAUGAGACCGACAUCUACGUCGCAGAAGCGUGGACGAACAAGGGCCCCUACGGAAUGGAGCCAGAGUUCCGAGCGCGUGGAAGGGUCAACAUGCUAAGGCCUCCUAACACAGGCAUCAGUGUGGUGUUGAAAGAAGAGAAGACGAGAUCGAGACAACAGGCAGAAAAGGAGGUGAAAGCGUUACGCAAGAGAAUGGGCAAGAACAUGUGGGUUCACCUGCCAGACAGGAAGAUCACUGCCCAACGUCAACACCUUUUGUGGUAG